AUGAGCUGGAAGAUUUCUCCUGAGCCCCUCAACUACAGUGUGAAUGCUUUGCCGCUGGCUGGAAACCUCAGCUCGGUGACCUGCCACUCUGACAGCAGCAGCUGUAGUCUGACUGGUCUUCGGUGUGGAUGGAUGUAUAAUGUCUCAGUCAAAGCCUCUUCCGGCAGCUGCAGCGGACCAUGGAGCACCCCACAAACUGUUCAAACAGCACCCUGCCCCCCACAGGGUAUAACAGCAGUGGCACACUGUGGCACACACUCUUUAACGGCCUCCUGGAACUCAUCUCUUGGUGCCACCACCUACACAACAACAGUGACGGGCCCCGAUGGCUUCUCUGACACCUGCUCCUCAUCAAACCUCACAUGCUCUGUCUCUGGCCUGCAGUGUGCCAGUCAGUACAAUGUCACGGUAACAUCUGAAGACGGCCAAUGCACCAGCGCUCCCAGUCGAACUGUUAUUAUGACAGGACCAUGCGACCCCGUCAAUGUGACCAGCAACCUCAGGUGUGGCUCCGACAUGGCCACAGUGUCCUGGGUUGCCGCUGCUGGCGCUAAAGCCUACACUGUAGUUGCUCAGGACAGCAGCUCCUGA